UCGACUCGGAGGAGCGGGGCGUGGACUCAAACCGACCAGUCCCUGCUCUGACUUCAGUGGAGAAGGCAAACUUUCAGGGGGGUAGAUUAACUAUUCAUAACUACCGACAAUAAAUUGACAGAAAACUUCUCUUUCACAGGCUCUAUGUACCUGGUUUUAAAAGAGACAGAAAGAGCAAGCCAUCAACAUAGACCAAAGCCAUGGAUGACAUCUUUACACAAUGUAGAGAAGGGAACUCUGUUGCUGUCCGUCUGUGGCUGGACAACACGGAGAAUGACCUCAACCUGGGUGAUGACCACGGCUUCAGCCCCCUCCACUGGGCAUGCAGGGAAGGGAGGAGUGGUGUUGUUGACAUGCUCAUCAUGAGAGGCGCACGCAUCAACGUGAUGAACCGUGGAGAUGACACGCCUUUACAUCUGGCUUCCAGUCAUGGACACAGAGACAUCGUGGUUAAGCUGAUUCAGUGCAAAGCCGACCCCAACACAGUCAAUGAGCACGGAAACACUCCACUCCACUACGCCUGCUUCUGGGGCCAAGAUGAAGUUGCAGAGUACUUAGUAGCCAGUGGGGCUGGAGUGUGUAUAUGUAACAGGUAUGGACAGACCCCUCUGGAUAAGGCCAAGCCUCACCUAAGACAGCUCCUGCAAGAAAAGGCAGAGAAAACGGGCCAGAAUAUGACCAAAAUCCCAUACAAGGAAACCUUCUGGAAGGGGACCAUGAGGACACGACCCCGUAACGGUACCCUCAACAAGCAGGCCGGUAUUGAUUAUAAGCAGCUCUCGCUCCUGGCAAAGAUCAAUGAAAAUCAUUCUGGAGAGUUGUGGCAAGGUCGAUGGCAAGGAGAUGAGAUCGUAGUAAAAGUGCUACAGCCGAGAGACUGGACCACCAGGAAAAGCAGAGACUUCAAUGAAGAGCACCCAAAGCUCAGGAUCUUCUCUCAUCCAAACAUUCUGCCUGUUCUCGGGGCCUGUCAGUCACCUCCAUCUCCUCACCCUAUCAUUAUUACCCACUACAUGCCGUAUGGGUCCCUCUACAACAUACUCCACCAAGGCACUACUCUGGUUGUCGACCAAAGUCAAGCAGUAAAGUUUGCGUUGGACAUUGCCAGUGGGAUGGCUUUCCUCCACACCUUAGAACCAAUGGUUUCACGGCUUUACCUCAACAGUAAACAUGUCAUGAUUGAUGAGGACAUGACAGCCAGAAUAAGCAUGGCAGAUGCCAAGUUCUCCUUCCAGUGUCCUGGUCGCAUGUACGCCCCCGCCUGGAUGGCGCCUGAAGCGCUGCAGAAGAGGCCUGAAGACAUCAACAGAAGAUCCGCUGACAUGUGGAGCUUUUCAGUGUUACUGUGGGAGCUAGUUACCAGAGAAGUCCCCUUUGCUGAUCUCUCACACAUGGAAAUCGGCAUGAAGGUGGCUCUUGAGGGUCUUCGGCCAACCAUUCCACCAGGAAUCUCCCCUCAUAUCUGUAAGCUGAUGAGGCUCUGCAUGAACGAAGACCCGGCCAAGAGACCCAAGUUUGACAUGAUCGUCCCCAUCUUGGAGAAGAUGCAGGACAAGUGAAUGUCUCAGCAGCAAUUGGUUCAGCUCUGUUGUUGGGUUUCAUUAUCAAACCACUCUUUAGCUUUACUUCUGUCAUGUAUCUGCUAGUCCACUGUAAAUAAUGCCAUAAACCACUGCAGCCACACACAAUUUGAACUCUAUUUACAUUGCUUGUUUUGUAUAAAUUAAUUUGAGGUCCAAAUGAUCUUGCUUAAAUAAUGUUGCUCUUGUAUAAUGAAAUAUCAUCACUGAAAAGUUGGGAAACUUUUUCUUCAUGGAUUAUAUUCAGUGAGGAUUAGGACAGGAACAGAUCCAAAGAAACGUGUAUAGAAUGAAUGUUUUUAUACAUGUUUGCAUGUGACUAUAUAAUAAAUGUUUUAUAUUUAUGACAAAUCCUUGCUCUUUUAAAAAACAUUUUCCUUUUGCGAACCACUUAAUGCAUGGAAAUUGUUUCACUUUUGCUGUAUUUUUAUUUAAAAGCUUUAUCUGGAAGCAGUUGUCAUGGAGAUGAUUGUGGUUGAAUCAUACCAUUGACUACAUAUGAGUGUAAUAUUGAGCUGUAUGUAAUGAGCAAAAUGUUGCAAAAUA